AGGCGGUGGGGUGGCGCUCCGCGUGAGUGCGGGGACUUGCUGUGACCUGGGGUUUCUCAUGGCGGAACGCACGAAAUGAAAAUGCCUUUGCCCGAUAAAAGCCCCUGAGCGAGCACGAGGCCGAAGGGGCGCUGUCGAUCCUUUAAGCCGUGGCCGGUCUGACCAGCGGCAGGUGCAGGCGGGGACAUCUUCCCUGGGCCGGGCAAUGGCGCUGUCCCUGGGCCGGGCAGGUGGCACACAGCCCCUGCCCCCGGCACGACCGGAUUGGAGCUGUCUUCAGUGCUUUCCCAAACGAGAGGAACUGGGUUUCCCCCUCUCUGUGGACAUAAUUGUGUUCUGAUAGUAUCAUGUGGAACAUUGUGAAGGGUCUGGAGAGGAAGCCAUUUGGAGUACUUGAGGUCAGGUUUGGCUUGCUCAGCCUGGAGGAGACUGAAGGCAGACAUUAUUGUGAUCUUGGAGCUUCUUCAUGAGGGCCAGUGGAGGGGCAGACACUGAUCUCUGCCGUGGUGACCAGUGGUGGCACUCAAGGGAAUGGCUGAAGUUGUGUCAGGGGAACUUUAGGUUGGCUAUAAGGACAAGGCUCUCCCCCAGAGGGCAGGUGGGCAUUGAAGAGACUCCCCAAGGAAGUGAUCACAGCACCAAGCCUGACAGAGCUCAAGGAAUGUUUGGACAGGGCUCUCAGUCCCAUGGUGGGAUUCUUGGGGCUGUCCUGUGUAGCACCAGGAGCUGAAGUCAGUGAUUUUUGUGGGUUCUUCACAACUAAGGAUUUUCUGAUUCUCUUUCGUUUUUUUCAGCAACAUUAGUGAUGGCAAUGUCAGUAGUGAAGUUGACCAGUCUUGAACAGAUGCCCCCACAAAUACUGUGGUAACUGAUGUGGCCUGUAUGGCAGGACUCCAUGAAGAAAUCUUUAGAAGUUCUAACCAGUAUAGUAUGAAGAUUAAACUGCCACUAAUCAAGACAGGAAGGAAUGCAGCCAAUUAGUAGUUUAUUGGGUGAAGUUAUGCUGAUGGAAAGUUUGUUGACCUUGUGAGGCCUAAAACAUUAAUUAUUAAUAAAUUGAUGUAUUAAACAUUAUUCCAGUCUAAUUACCCUAGAGGGACUAUGUCUGAAUUGCUGAAGCUUUGCCUUGAGGCUUUUCUCAGCUCCAAAGUGUGAAUUACCUCCUGCUGAUCUUAGCCCAGUGAUUCUUGAGACUGUGACAAUUCAAUCACAGCAGUCAAGUAUUAAAUAGUAGUGCUUGAGUGUACAGUAUGGCAUUUAACAGAUCCCUAAGAGUCAUGCUGAAAUUGGGCCUUUGCUUACUGCAGGAUCUAAAGGGACAUGAGAGAAACAGAAAAAAAGAUCAUGCAUAGAAGAACAGUUAUAUCCAUGGAUCAUAAACCAUAAAAAUGGUAAGAAGGCUUAUCCAAUUCCAAAUAACAAUUGUGUAAACACUAAGCAGCUUAAGAAAGCAAGCAGUAUGAUCAUUCUCAUCCAGAACAACAAACCACUGCUGAGGUAAAACCUUUUGGCUGCUAGUAACACAAUGAAAAUCUUAGCUGUUAAUCCUUUUGAUAUAUAGGUAUUACAUAAAUCAUACUGCUGAUUUUUCCAAGCCUGCUGUUAGGAUUUGCUGCAUACUAUUCACCUGGAGAGAAUGGCCUGUUGGGAAUUCCUGACUACUUUGGGAAUAUUUCAGAUGUAAUACAGACUGCAAAUGUGGGAGCUUGAAAAUCACAUCAGGAUGCCCAGAGGUGAGCGAGCAUUUCUCUGGCCAGAACAGGAAGAUCUAUGGACAUUCUUGUAUGUGGAGGAGGAGUCUCACUAAAGGAGACAGUGCCACAGAACAACCUAAUCUGGGACUUAACCUGGGAUGCAAAACAUCAAGUUCCUGUUUUCCAGCUCUGCUACAGCCAUCAUAAGCACCUUAAAUCUGGAUUAAAUUACCUACGAACUGCUGUAAUUCAAAAAGAAAAUACAGCUGCCAGAGCAGGAAGGUGUGGAGGAGCGGAGAGGCGGCCCCCCUCAGAGAGCUGCGGGGUGUGACCCCCCGUGCCCGCACCGCGCUCCGCUGCCCGAGUGACAGGUCCCAGCUCUCGCCGGCUCUUCCAGCGGCAGCUCCUCCCUUCUGGCCAGAUGGACAGCACAGCUUGGACUUGGGCUCCGGGGGACCCGGCUCGGGGCAGAAAGCAGCCUUUUAUAGCCGGCACGCCGGGCUGCGGCUCACUCCUACACACUCCGCUGCCGCGCACAGCGCCGCUGCCCGGACCCGCACCCCCGCCCGUCGCUGCGCAUGGCGCCGCUGCCCCCGCUCCUGCUGCUGCUGCUGCUGCCGGCGGCCGUUUAUAAAGGCACUUUUGGGGAAGCCCAUUUGAGAAAUCGAAGAGGAAUCCUGGAAUUGGCUGGAGCCAUCAGAUGCACCACAGGGCGCUCUCCCUUUGCCUACCUGCGCUACGGAUGCUACUGUGGCUUGGGAGGAAGAGGAUGGCCCAAGGACAGAGUAGACUGGUGCUGCUUUCACCACGACUGCUGCUAUGGGAGGGCAGAACAAGCAGGAUGUCAGCCAAAGACUGAAAGCUACCACUGGGAAUGCAAAGACAAUUCUGCUGUGUGUGACUCACUAGAAGAUACAUGUCAAAAAAUGGCAUGUGAAUGUGACCGUGAAGCUGCCAAAUGUUUUUCUAAAGCUCCCUACCAUAGAAAAUACCUUUUGUGGCCAGACUUUAUGUGUGGUGAGAUUCAGCCUUUGUGCAGGUAUUAGAUACGUAAGUCUUGUAUAUAUUUAAAUCUAAAAUUACUUUUUUUGGCCACAGUAAUGACAAGAAAUGAUUUUCCCCCUUUCUUGAUACUCCUUCAUUCCACCUCAGCCUCUCCACCUCAAAAUGGCCAAAGUAAACAUUUUUCCUGUUAUUUA